GCGACUCUAGUUGCCAUUUGUCUAUGGCAGGCCGGGUAGCUGUGGUAGCUGCCGGAGUUGCCGCUGUCUCUACGGCCCUGGGUGAAGCUCUACCUCUGCACAACGCCUGCGGUGCGGGUCAUGGCGCGGCUACCGAAGCUGGCCGUCUUUGAUUUGGAUUACACUCUAUGGCCUUUCUGGGUCGACACGCACGUAGACCCCCCCUUUCACAAGAGCAGUGAUGGAACUGUACGAGAUAGGCGGGGCCAAGACGUCCGACUGUACCCAGAGGUGCCUGAGGUCCUAAAACGAUUGCAGAGCCUUGGGGUGCCCGGUGCAGCUGCUUCACGGACAGGUGAGAUAGAAGGGGCCAACCAGCUACUGGAGCUCUUUGACCUCAUCAGGUACUUUGUUCAUCGGGAAAUCUAUCCAGGCAGCAAAGUCACACACUUUGAGAGGUUACAGCAGAAGACUGGAAUUCCUUUCUCCCAGAUGAUCUUCUUUGAUGAUGAGAGGCGGAAUAUUGUAGAUGUCAGCAAACUGGGUGUUACCUGCAUUCACAUCCAGAAUGGAAUGAAUCUUCAAACUCUAAGUCAAGGGUUAGAGACAUUUGCAAAGGCCCAAAAUGGGCCUUGAGGUCCAGCCUUGAGGAUGAGGCUCCUUUGAGGCCUAAACUGAAAGUAAAUCAAGAAGGCAUUUUCAGGUGCAUUUGUAAUUUAUUAAAGUUCAUCUGUGUGUGACAGAAGAGAUUUUGCCAACAGUGUGGGUAGUUUCUAUUUUUCUAGCCUGUGAACUGGGGCUGGUUGUCCUGAGGUGCAGAGAGCAGAAUAUGAGACAUUAGAUUGCAUCAGGUUUGCCAUCUAAACUUAGGGCAACCCCAAGUGCUUGAACCCAUCCCAUUACCAUUUUCCUUAGUUCUGUAAAGAGCAUGAAGAGUUUUCCCACUGACCCCACACAUUGAUGUGCCAUCACACUGCACAUUUCCCUCAGGAGAAUAAGCAUAUACUCGGGUGGAGACAGAACUGCCUUUUUAUGUAAUAGAAAAUGAUGCGGCCGCUUUAAGAGGAUCACGUCGGUCUGGGCUGAUGGCUUGGGUCACGUGAUAGCGGUGGUCUGGUUUGCGCCUCUUGAUGAUGUAGCCGCGGCGCCCUAAGGCGGGAUUGGGCAAGGCUGGUCCCUGUGUGAUGAAACAUCAUCCUCCCAGGAGCAAGGCGGAAGUCUGGAGGACGCCGAGUGGCGGAGGCGGGAAAGGCGAUGAGUGGUCUCGGCAGGCUCCUCGGGAAGGGGAAGAAGGAGAAGGGGCCAACCCCUGAAGAAGCAAUACAGAAACUGAAGGAGACAGAGAAGAUACUGAUCAAGAAACAGGAAUUUCUGGAGCAGAAGAUUCAGCAGGAGCUACAAACAGCCAAGAAGUAUGGGACCAAGAAUAAGAGAGCCGCCCUACAGGCUUUGCGGAGAAAGAAAAGAUUGGAACAGCAGCUGGCACAAACUGACGGGACGUUAUCCACCCUGGAGUUUCAGCGUGAGGCCAUUGAGAAUGCCACCACCAAUGCAGAAGUUCUUCGUACCAUGGAGCUUGCUGCCCGAGGCAUGAAGAAGGCCUACCAGGACAUGUGGGGACAUUGACAAAGUAGAUGAACUGAUGGCUGACAUCACAGAACAACAGGAGGUGGCCCAGCAGAUCUCAGAUGCCAUUUCUCGGCCUGUGGGCUUUGGAGAUGAUGUGGAUGAGGAUGAACUGCUGGAGGAACUAGAGGAGCUAGAGCAAGAGGAAUUGGCUCAGGAGUUGCUAAAUGUGGGCGACAAGAAGGAAGAACCCCCAGUCAAAUUGCCUAGUAUACCUUCUACACAUCUGCCAGCAGGGCCAGCUCCCAAAGCGGAUGAAGAUGAAGAAGCACUAAAGCAGUUGGCUGAGUGGGUAUCUUGAUAAGUUUGGGCUCGUCUUCCUAACGCUACCUUUAUUGGUCCUUUUUCCUUAAGUGCCAAGUACUGAGCUAAAGGAGGAUAACUUUUUGGGGAAGUCCCGUUAAAGGUGGUAGUGUGACCCUGCCUGAAAAAGGGUCUUUUGCCCUCCCAGCCCUGGCUCAAAUCUGAAGAAGGAUCUUGCUCCAGGAGGAGCCGCUGGGCUGCCUUCUUUUUGAUAGCAGUUAUAAUGUCCUUGUUCCCAAUAAAAUUGGACAGACAGAA